CAUGGAAGAAGCGAAGAAAAAUAUGUAUGCAUUUAGUACCACCACAUACACUGGGUUCCAAUGCACUGUAUCUGAAGAGACAUCUGAGAAAUUCAAGGGUCUCCCCGGUGUUUUAUGGGUCUUGCCUGAUUCGUAUAUAGAUGUUAAGAACAAAGAUUAUGGAGUUUUCUUCUUGUCUGCCGUUUUUGUAGGUAAGAAGUGGCAUGUGACUGUGAAAAUUGAAUUGCUAUAAGUGGACGAUAUUAUGUCUUUUUAUAGCUUGAAUUGGUGAGUUUUCGAAAGACGGGAGGUUGAUUAAGCUUAACAGUUAUCACAUCUCGAGCCUGGUCUAUGGUUCUUAUUGUCAAUUUUCAGUCCCUGUGACCUGCUCUGCAGCUGUAAUAGGAGAUGUAUUAAUCAGUGCUUUGUGAGUAUGUAAUGCUGAACUUGUCAGUCAUGGUUCUAUGAUCAACUCCUCGAAAUUCCUCAUACGAAUGGUGCUGUACUUAUUUCUUUUAACCUUUCUGUUCGACUUUGAUAUAUAAACUAUGAGAGAUUUUAUUUAAUGGGAGGUUAAGCUAAUCAUAGAUUUGGCUUUGAGCCUGUGGUGGCGGUUGUUAAAUCGAUCAUUCUUGUUUUCAACCUGUCAUCUAUGAUCAGUAACCAUGAUGCAGCAGUGUAGAUCCCAUUGGAGUAUCAAAAUUUGAGAUGUCGGCCAAUUGCAUAUUGCUUGCUAGUAGUAAUUGAGCCUCGCCAUUGAUCUCCCAUCUGGAAGCUAUAAACGGUGGUUAUUUCAUGUAUAUCCUAACAACAUUUAACAACUUUGAUCCUACCAUUUCUAAAUUCUUGGCAGCAAAAUCAAACCCUACACCGGAAAAUCGUCAUUGUUCACGUGGCUGAAAUGGCCUGUGUAAAAGAUGGCUGAAGUUGGAAUGUCGUUAUUAUUAUGAUCUUGACUUCUUGGCCUUGCUUGUAGAGCAAAACAAUGGAGCACAUGCUCUUUGUCUUCAAACAAAUCACUAACUUCUCCACUCAAAUUUCUCUGUUUUUUCCUUAAAAAACUCAACAGUGAAAUCACCAAACAAUCUGCUGAUCUUUCUUUGCAUCAAAUGGAUAAGAAUCAACUGGCAGAUAUUAAAGCUACUUUCUAGCUAACAAAUUUCACUUCCAUUAUUUCAGAGCCUAACCACCACCCUCCAGCCCCCUUUGUCCCUCCAUUCUUGAUAAUCCACCCUGCAAAUGUAUUAAAUUUCCUUGUAUGAUUCCAUAUUGACGGAGAUCUACAGGUUGAUUUGUGGCAUAAUGGCCUUCUACGCCUACAAGGGUGAUGUCGAUGACUGCUAUUGGACUCAUUACAGUAGUGGUUCCCAUUAUGAUUUUCCUUCAGCUCCAAUUCAAGCCUCAGAACAGUACUCUUCUCCGUAUGAAUUUGGUGAGCCUGAAUUAUUUAAGUCUUCUUCUGAUUACCAUAGAGAUUAUUCGUUUGCAACUCCACCAGAACUGAAUUACUCUGUGUACACCUAUACUGGGCCUCAGACAGUGCACUAUGAGCCGAUUGAAUAUCAUAAUUCUUACAAUUAUUACCAGUGCUCCGUAAAUCCAUCAGAAAUAAACUAUAGUGAGCCUAAAUUUCUCCAAUAUGAGCCACCUCCCGAUGAUUGGUGUUACUUUCGUUCAGAGACAAAGUUCACAGUAUCUUCUUCUACGGUAGAGUUCAACGAACCUGAAUUUGAAGAAUAUGACCCCACUCCUUACGGUGGAGGUUAUGAUCCUGCUACAACCUACGGUAAGCCGCUUCCUCCUUCGGAAAUCACCUGUUAUCCUCGGUCCGUGCCAAAAUCUGACGCCACAUCCUUGGAAAGUUUCUCGUAUGGUUCAAUUCCUUCACCAUAUGGUAAAGAAGAUGAUCUCCCAACGAAGCCUCCCGAUGGAAGCAAACCAAUAGACGCCAAAACAGACGAAAAACCCAGUGUUGAAACUGGAGACAAGGUUACUAGUGAUGGAGCGGAUGGUGGAAGAGUUGAGCCAACAGACGUGAAGCCGAAUGAUGAUACUCCAUCUUAUGAACAUCAAGACGGGUUUCAGAACGGAAUAAGAGGAGGUUAUGGUUAUGGUUAUGAAAGUGAGAGGCAGGUGGGUCAAAUUCCGUAUGGAUCUGGUUUGGAAGCUAUGGACCUUUGUGAAAGUAUCUUUGGUUACUGGCCCUGCUUAGCCAAGCAACAGCAGCAAAGACGCAAGUGUCGAGAAGCUUGUCAUCAGGAAAGAAUAAUGGAUCCAUGUAAAAGCGUCCUGGAUUAUCUUUUCGGGAGUUCAGGAGUGUAUGAUUACGAAAAUUAUAAUCAUCAGUGGCAGGCUGAUCGAUACGACUGUUAAGACAAUUCGCGGCUACAAUAACCACACUGGAAUUCCGGCGGACUUCUGGGUAUGAGGUCAUCUUGUCUUUCACUGCGUUUAGUUUUUUGCUUGAAUCCCUGUGUACUGAUUAUCACUCUAAGAAGAUCUCGAAACCAUUUUUAUUUUCCGGCAGUCUGAGCAGCUCCCCUGGAUUUACUGAUCCAAAUGUGGGAAGCAGAAUCAGUAUGUCGUAUGAUUACUUGAAAGAAUGCGGCUUGCAACGCUAAUGUCGGCCCAUAAACAAAGUUGUGGUACAUCUGAAACGAACAAGUCCAGUGGAAAUCAAUGAUUGUAUCCCGGCAAAGGGGAAAAAUGCAAUUUUGUCCUUGUGAUAUUUUAAAAA